AUUAACCGGAGGUGGGGAGGGACGCGCAGUCGCUGCUGGCCGUUGGGACUCCAAAAGGACAGGAGGGGAUGUGUUGUUGUGCCGAUGGCUCUCUGUCUUCUUCCCAUAAGAACUCGCUUCUUCUUCCAAACGGAGACGCAGGUGUAGCCUCUUUGUCCCCCCCACCCCUCCAUUCUACUACUACCUACCCCAGCUUUCCAUGCGCCGCACCUCUCCUUUCAAGUCACCAGAGGAGGAUUUUACGCGCCGGAUGGGAAGAAUAAUAUUACGUUAAAUGAAAUGUGGCGCGUCUCUUUUGUGCGCCGUCUGUUACCGCCGCUGUGAAUGUGAUGCCGGGUCUGCACCCAGCACAGAUGACUUGAACUGGGCGGCAGAGGCGGUUGCAACUCCAGCGCUUGUUCCUUAAAGAGAAGACUUAUUGAUAACCAUGGCUGACCAGUACAGUAUGUUUCUCACCACGGCGCCCCCCCUCCGGCGUGGCAGCACACCCCUGCCUCUCAAACAUCAGCUGCGAAGGGAAGAGGCCGUGUCUGACGAAUGCGAUUGGAUCCCAGGCAUUGAGGAGCCUGCCACGUUGCCUAUCAGUGACACAGCGGUGCCUCGGGAUGAAUCCUUCAGCCAGUCAGCAGCUGCCCAGUCGGCUUACCACAGCCAUGGCGGGGCAUUGAGGAUAGUGCUACUGGGACAGAAUGGCGUUGGCAAGUCGUCGCUAGCCUUAUCCCUGGCUGGGCAGUCGGACAGAUCCCUCUCUAUAGACUCUGAGACACAAGCAUGUGGUGAGGGCUACGAGUGCUCAGUGACAGUGGACGACGAGGACAGCAAAGUCAUAAUUUUCGACAACUGGAAACAGGACCUCUCCACUCUACAGUGUGAUGUGUGUAUCCUGGUCUUCUCAGUGACUGACAGGCGAAGUUUCCACCGCACCGCCCAACUCCGCCUCCUCCUCAGGGAGUCCCAGCCACACACACCAAUCAUCCUAGUGGGCAACAAGAGCGACCUUGUCCGCUCCCGUGAAAUCAGCUCAGAGGAGGCCCAAUCCAGUGCCCUAAUGUUCGAUUGCCUCUACAUGGAGCUCUCAGCCUCCCUGGACCACGGUACCAAUGAGCUGUUGGAGGCGGCAGUUCGGACCGCGAGGGGUGACUGCGUGGGUCCUGGCUGGACUGAUGGCGACCCAGGGGCGGGCCGCAGGGAGAGCCUGACCAGCCGGGCCAAGCGUUUCCUGUCAGGGCUGGUACCACGCUCGUACGGGCGAGACCGGGACCGGGAUCGGGGGCGCUACAGAGAGAUGAGCCGCCACAGGGGCAGCAAGAUCCUCCGCCAGAAGUCUCGCUCCUGCCACGACCUCAGUGCACUGUGACACACACACAUACAUGCAUACACACAGGCAAAAGAGACACACUCCUGCACACGUACACACACGAACCAGAGUGAAGGAUACGGGGGAGGGGGAGGUGUAAAACAAGGAGGAGAAGGAGAAGAGAAUCAAAUGGAAGACACGAUGGAGAAGGGGAGCAAAUUUAUAGGGGUGGAAGUAGAAGCAAUGGCAGAGAAAUGUCAUGGAAGGAGACAAAGUGGUAGAAAAAGUUAGAUAGAUAAAACUGAAAUCAUCCUGGAUCUCAGCACUGAACAUUUAUCUUCUCCCUAUCAGUGAAACCAAUUUUCAGAGGGAAAGAGGCCAGGUAGGGGAGAAAAACAGAGAAACAGAUAAGAAGGCAAGCCUGAUUUGCUGCUCCAGCUCGAAUCAGCAAGCAGUCAUUACCUGAAGAGAGCAGGAGAGAAAAAAUUAGUGACAGUGGAGAGUGUCACAUUAAGAUGCUGAUUGGACAUUUAGAGUGGUAAAAUGAGCGGGAGGGGGUCACAGAUAAACACACACCCAAGUAGCACGCACUGAUUAUGUAGAGACUGAUAGCAAUCUAAUAUAUACCUAUUGUGAACCCUGUUUUAUAGCAUGCCGAGUAGACGAUCUAAGUCAAGACCCUGUAGGUUUUACAGUUACAUGAUACUGGAUUGACUGUACCUCAGUGGCCAAUAGCUAAUGCACAAUCCAGCUAGUGUCUCUAGCAAUGCCAUCUCAAAGGCAAGACCCUUUAUUUGUAUUUAAAAAAUGCUCCUUGCAUUUUUUUAAGCCACAAUCUUCACACCGCAUUCACCUUUUGUGUCCCGUACCGAUUUUGAAGUGUUUGAUGAUACCACCAGUGGCAUCUGUGAUUUUUAUACAAGGCGCUCAAGCCAUAUUUCCGCUGAAUGCAUCAUGAGCGAUCAGCACAAAGAACCCUUUACCGAAGGAUGUGGGGCGAAAGGAAAAAAAAAAAAAAAAAAAAAAGGUCAAAGUGGCUAUAAGCAGUAAGACGUAAGCAGGGAUGACCAGACUGAACUUUUCUUCAACAGACGCUGAGUCACAGAACACUGCGAUGUUCUUGAAGCACAGGAGGACAAACAAGAGAAAACCUAAUCUACCUGUGGCUGUUUGAUGUUUUUCAUUUUUUUUCUCUUUAUACCCACUGGCAUUAGUAUGUGUGUUGAGACUGAAUUCUGUGGGGGCUGGCCACACAGGUGACCCAUAACAGAACGUUCUGGAAACGUUGUUUGGAUAUCUCGUCAAGCGUGGCCUCGUCACCGACACACGCUCACUUGUUUGUCACAGUCUACUAAGCACUCCUGUCUUUCCACUGAGAAUAAAUUAAUUUUUGUUUGACA